GAACAGUACAUUUAAUAAUAUUAUUAAAUCCACCGUCUUGAAGUGAUUGGAGAUUGAUCUCACUGUAUCUCUACUCUGUACAUCCAAAUCUGAGUCCUCUUAAGUCAGAAACUUCCUUUUGCGCAUCAAAGACGUGCAGUAUAACUUAGAACUUAGCUGCUCAAAACAAAUCUUCGAGAUCGAUCGAAAUGAAGAACGAAGAUGCACUCCCAGUAUCAGAACCGACGUCGUUCCACUCAACAACAGCACUCACUUCAUCGAUUGCUAAAAAAGAAAGUUCAGUCAGCUCCGGCUUAUUUGACAGAGGGCGUUACAAGUUUUGGGCGUUGGCAGCCAUUUUGCUUCUUGCAUUCUGGUCAAUGUUCACUGGCACUGUUACUCUCCGUUGGUCCACUGCCACUGGCAAUCUCAAUCGCUUUUCUGACGAUUUUCAAUCUCCUCUUCAUCACGAUCUCGAUGUUCUCGAAAUGGAGGAGAGGGAGAAAUUGGUGAAUCACAUGUGGGACUUGUACACUAAUAACCGUCGGAUUAAAAUUCCGAGAUUCUGGCAGGAUGCUUUUGAAGCUGGAUAUGAGGAUUUGAUUAGUGAUGUUGUACAAGUGAGAGAAGCUGCUAUCUCUCAGAUAGCUAAGAUGUCGAUGCACUCCAUUCAUCUGGAUCUCAUUCAACCUAGUACACAAAAAUUGAAUCUGAAGAAGGGAGUUAAAGAAGCUGAAGCUGGAAACUCAGCCGGGAGUACACAAUAGAGUUGUUGAAAUUCAAAAACAUAUACCAGAAAAUGGCGUAGUUUUAUACAUGUUAAAUCCAUUUAUAUUGAUCAGGUGCUGUCCAAUACGAGUGAAAGGUUUGGGAUUGAAUGUUGUUCCCUUGCCUUCUCGCAACCAGGGACAAUCAAUGUAUUCUUUUCGGUUCUCAUUUCUUAUACCUUCUAAUGUCGCAACAUCAGACUGGAUGGUAAAAAGUGAGUAAAUGGUUUACUAAUUUGGAGAGAAUUUAGAAAUCUAUAUGUAUUUCUCUUGUUAUUUGAUUAAGUUAUGUAAUUCUCUUGUUAUUGGUCGAAGGGGAUGCAUAAAUAUAUAUACCAGGAUAUGUUAUUGUUA